AAUUGUCACAAUUGUCAAAAGGGAGGCUUCGCGCAAGUGUGAACUUUGGUUUAGCCUUCUCUACUUCCGUGGUACUGUUAACGAUCUGUCACCAAAAUGACCAAGAAGAGGCGUAACGGAGGACGUUGCAAGCACAACCGCGGCCAUGUGAAAGCCGUUCGUUGCACCAACUGUGCCCGUUGUGUGCCGAAGGAUAAGGCGAUCAAGAAGUUCGUGAUCCGUAACAUUGUAGAAGCCGCUGCCGUGCGUGACAUCUCCGAUGCUUCUGUGUACAGCUCGUACGUACUGCCGAAACUGUAUGCCAAGCUGCACUACUGUGUGUCGUGCGCUAUUCACUCGAAGGUUGUUCGUAACCGUUCGAAGGAGGCCCGUCGUAUCCGCACUCCCCCGCAGCGGUCAUUCCCCAAGGAUAUGAACCGUAAUCAGAAUGCCCAGCGAAAGUAAGCAACAGUAGCUGCGGUCUUGGCAACCUGACUUACAUCUUUAAGGACGCAGAUAGACCGACAUCAACUUUCGCUUUGAUGAUGGAUUCGCGCUGGGGGUUUUUUUUCUCGAGUGUAUGGCAGGGGUUCGUGUUACGCGUUUCUAGCGUUGUAAGAACGGCUGAUUUGGAGCAUUAAAGGAGAGUAAAAUAUAAACCUA